UGUCCACUAAUUAUAUUGUAUGGUAGCAAUGACCUACAUACUUGGAGGAACUUUGAUGAUGUCAUAACUUCAAGUCGCUGUCAUCGUGUCACCGUCACCAUCUAUGUCAUCUUUGCAAUAGAGCUUAUCAAUGUUAAAUGACUUAAUCUCUAUUAUCACAAGCCAGAUAUGUUAUUUUGAUGUAAUAAUUUUAACCAGGUCUUAAACUAGCCCUUGUAUCCCGGCAACAGUCGCCUUGUGUGUCAUAAAGCUGAAAAGCACUAUUCUGCACACAUUUUUAUUCAUUUUCUUAUCUUGACAAACCCAAAGGUCAAAAAAAAUGUGUAUUUUGAGGAAACUAAGGCACCGUGUUCAAUUUUGAAAAGGUGUUAAGGAUCGAGCCAUCCAUUUUUUGUACUACUUAUCAGUAAGGAUGUUUUCCAUUCUACCUCCAAAGAAACUGUUUAGGAGCCAUCCAAAUCAUGAGAGGAUAACUCCGAAUCUCCAAUUUCUAAAUAAGGAUUGAAGGAUGUCCUGGACAAACAGGCAACUACUAAGCAAUGACAAUUACGGGGAACACGUUAAAGAUCUGGAAAAUAAAGGAACCAUGUUGCUUGAGCAAAGACGGCACCACGUCAAGGAAGAUUUGGCUAAUCUGGAGUCGGAAAUUUUCAAGAUGGAAACAGAGAAAAAUGACUUAAGCGCCCAAACAUUGGGUCGUCUUCCAUAUUCAAAUUUCAUGGGGGAGACAGCGAAUGAAGAUUUGGCGUUGCUCAAUCUUCAACAAAAAGAAGAUAUUCUCAGUGAGCAGAAUAACCUCUUAAAGUUUAACAUGGUAAAGUUCGGCUCUCGCACCGAGAUGGCUAUGCUCGAAUGUCGGUGUUUGGAGAUGGAAACACGGUACGAAAACAUGAAGAGACAUUUUGCUCAGCUUGAAGAAGAAAAUAAAGACUUACGAUCGCACGUUGAAGAGAAGGUGAUACUUUCUGGGACGAAUAACCUUGCCAGUCAGGAGUGGUCUCAUUUUGGGUCGCAAAAUGUCGACUUGAACUCAAACAACCAAGGCCUUACAGGAGAUGCUAAAGUUAUUCCCAACAACAAUCCGUUUGAGCAAAUUAAGCCCCUCAAAAAUCCUAUUGUCGACCUAAAAACACAAGUUAAAAAUCCUAAAGAAGGUGAGGACAUACUGAUUCCACAGAAUGUUUUUCUAAAAAAUGAGGCAGCUGAGCUACAAUCACAGAAUUUGAAAAUAAAAAUACUGGAGACAGAAAAUAAUGACUUGAGGGCGCAACUUCAAUUUCAUCAAGAGAAAAUGAAAACUGAGACGAAACAUUUCCAAGAUGAGGACAUUAACAAAGAAGUGAAAGAGGCGCAGGAAGAAGACUUAAAGCCACAACUUAAAGCCCUUCAAGAAGACAAGAACUGUUUGGAAGAUAACAUUCGAAGCCUGAAAGUUGGACUAGCUCAAGCUCAAACUCAAAAAGACAAGAUGGAAACACGGAGUUGUGACUUGAAGGGACAAGUUAAAGCCCUUAAAGAAAAAAACAACCAACUAAAGGAUGAAUUUAAGUCCCUCAAUGAUCAGGUGGCUUUGCUUCAGUCUCAGCUAGCAAAGAUAGAGACUCACAAUAAUGACUUACGGGCACAAGUUAAAGGAUUUCAAGAAAACGAGGAGAUUUUGAUUAAGCAGAAUGAGUCACUCAAGGAUGAGGUUUCGCAGCUCGAAAGCUGCAACAUGAGAACCGACAAACAAAACGAAAACUUGCGCACACGGGUGAAGACUCUGAAAGAAUCGGAGCUCAACUUAAAUGAGAAGGUGGAGACGUUGGUGGGUGAAUUAUCCCACCUUAAAUUUCAAAGGGAAAACGAUCAAAACGAGAUUCAUCGUCUGAGAAGAGAAGUACAGACGUUGAGGAGUCAAUUACAAGAUCAAGAGGAACUAUUGAGGAGGAUCGACGAUGCCGAAUCGCUCAUGGAGAAGGAGUGGGCAGAGAAGGAAAAACUGAGCAACAAACUGGGCGAGCUGGAGGAAGAAGGCAAUUUUGUUCAAAAGCAAAACGAUGACGUUCGAGUGGAGUUAGAGAAGAAUAAAUGCGUUCAGGAACAACAGAGCGAGCAGAUUGCUCAACUGAAGGCGACGUUACAAGAGCGUAAACGGCAACAUGAAGAGGCUACAUUUUUACUCUUCACAAAAGAUGACGAGUUAGCCAAGCAAAACAGGAAAAUUGUUUAUUUAAAUGAAAUCACGGAGGAGCUGACCUCCUACGUUGGCAGUCUUAAACAACAAGUGGAGCAGCUUAAAGUCCAGCUGGAAGUCAAGCAGACGGAUGAGAUAUUAAAUAAUGUUCCUGGAGGCCAUUUGGAGACAGUGCCCGAGCACAAGCCGACCCAUGAAAACCAACUAGGUUUGAAGACCGAGGUAGAAGACGUGAACGUGGAAAUAAAAGAUUUUCAUCUAAACAAUUGCUCCAUUCAGCCAAAAACGCUGAGCAAGCACAACUUGGCUUUGCUUGACUCUCCAAGUCUGAAGCUGGAAACGGAAAUCGAAGACCUGAAGACACAAAUUAAAGAUCUUACCGAGCUGAACAAGACCCUCAAUGAAAAGCUGGCCCAUCUUGAAUCUUGGGCUGCCAAUGGAGAUUUGAGGGCAGAAGAAGAAGAUCUUGGAGGAAACCAGGACAGGCUGACCGAGCAGAACCACCUCAAUGAAAAACUGUCUGAUCUCCAAACAGAGAAUGGAGAUUUAAGAGUGCAAGUUGAGGAUCUCAAAGAGAACGAGGAACUAAUAAAGCAGAGGACGGAGACCCUCCUGGCUGAGUUGGAGCAGUAUAAAACCGAGCUCAACCAUCUGAGGACAGAAGCUCAGAAACUCAGGUCUCAGUUACACGAUCAAAGCGACCUACGGAGACGAAUAGAUCAGGCCGAAUCGCAAAUGGAGAAAGAUUUGGCAGAGAAGGAAAAGUUGAGCACUAAAUUGCGGGAGCUUGAAGAAAACGACAACUCGUUGAAAAAACAGCACGGCGACGUUCGAGCCGAGAUGGAAGAGCUUAAAUCUACUCGAGAUCAACAAAAGCAACAGAUUACAAAGUUGAAGGCAGCGUUGAAACAAAAUAAACUCAAAGUUGAGGAGGCCAGAUUUCUCCUGGAUAGUAAAGAAGACGAGUUGGAAAAGCUAACGAAAGUUACAGAGGAAAUGAAGACUCUGAUUAUGAAUUCAAAACAAACCACGUGCCAUCCUCCAAGACUGCUCGAACUUAGUCAAAUGGAUGAGGAACAUGGCAACAUUUCAAAUGUGGACGAACUGAGCGAGGUGCACCCGACGUCCGCAUCUGGCAGACUUCACAAUCAAACCAGAACCUUUGGCUCUUGGCUUCUAGACGUUGCUAAGAUAUGUUCCAUUAGAACACUAAUCGAGGUUGUGGUUGUGCUCUUUCUUUUAACCAUAUUUUACCCGGACAAUGAGCUCACAGAUUUCAUCGCUGAUCAGUUUCAUCAAUGUUAAAUUUUUGUAUUACAGGAAUUCCUCGUCUUUGGGAAAAUACUGCUUGGGUCAUAUAUGACUUGUUUCAGAAACUUUAAAGCUCCUAUUGUUUUUUUCCGACUCAUCUCUUGUCAAUGUGUGUG